GUCAUCGCCGUCUCUACUAAGCUCGUUGGCAUCGCAUCGGUUCGUGAAGCUGUCAACAACUUCCGUGGCGAGCUCAACUUCUCCGAGAACGAGGAUUACACGAUCAAGGCCCUGUCGCCGCUGCCUGCCAAGAAGUUCUCGAUCAGCUUCUCGGGGUCCUUGGGCCUUGCCUCGCGCCGUGUCCAGAAAGCUCUUGGGGGCCUCAAGUCCGACGGUGCCUGGCGUGAGUUCCACUGCCGGGCCCAGGGCGCCGAUCCUGCUCGGCUGCGCUUCGGCCCCGAGAAAUCCCCCAAUCAGGCGCCUGAGAUCUCGUGGAACGACAUCGGCAUCCGCACCCUGGGUCUCCACUG